UAUAUAGUAGACUAACUCAGUAAUGAAAUUAACUUACAAAGAUGCCAGGCCUUACUAUUGGAGACACCAUCCCCAACCUUGAAGCCCAAACCACCCACGGCAACAUCAUUCUUCACGACUAUAUCGGUGAUGGUUGGGCCAUUAUUUUCUCUCAUCCAGGUGAUUUCACGCCGGUGUGUACUACGGAGCUUGGGAAGAUAGCUGCCUAUGCUCAAGAAUUCGAUAAGAGAGGAGUGAAGCUUGUGGGUCUCUCCUGUGAUGACCUCAACUCUCACAAGGAGUGGAUCAAGGACAUUGAAGCUUACACUCCUGGUGCUAAAGUGAGGUACCCAAUCAUUGCCGAUCCCAACAGAGAACUGAUGAAGCAAUUGAACAUGGUGGACCCUGAAGAGAAGGACUCCUCAGGAAACCAAGUCCCUUCUCGUGCACUUCACGUAGUUGGUCCAGACAAGAAGGUGAAGCUGAGCUUCCUGUACCCAGCCACAACAGGGCGCAACAUGGACGAGGUGUUGCGUGUGGUGGACUCCCUCCAAAAGGCUUCAAAGCAUAAGGUGGCCACCCCUGUCAACUGGAAACCAGGGGAACCUGUCGUCGUUUCUCCUACCGUCUCUACUGAACAGGCCAACACCAUGUUCCCUGGGGGAAUUAACACCGUUCACCUCCCUUCCAAUAAGGAUUAUCUACGCUUCACUAAAGUUUAAUUGAACAUAUAUAUAUAUUGAUCAUGAAUGAUAUCGUGAUCAGAUGACACUAGCUACUAAUUAAUUAAUACUAUAUGGGCUCGUUUGGUACGCCGUAUUGUAUUGUAUUGUAAUGUAUUGGGUUGUAUUGUAUUGGAUUGGAUUGUAUAAUUUUAAUACAAUACUAUGUUUGGCAUUGAA